UUUCUCCGAUAGAAAGACAGAUUCUUCGAAGUUUCCAUUCUUUUUCAGACACUUGAAAAGUUUUAAUCAAAUGCAUGCCGUCUCUGUUGGCGUUUCCCUUUGACCAACGCGACCAGAUGAGGAGGCGAGCUUUUCUACACAGUGACACAGGUGAAUGGCCGACAGGUGAAAAGCCGAGAGUUUGAAUAAAGCACGAGCUGAAUUACGGGAGAAUGAGCGAUCCAACGUCGAGAGCUUGUAGGGAGCGUUAUAUCGCUCAGAAGAGGCGGAAGAUAACUGUGCCCAAGAAGAAAACUCUGAAGGAGUAUUUCGAGACGCAGUACUAUUUUACCAAAGGGCAUGAAUACAUGGGAGAAGCCAGAAAUGUUCUCGAGGAGCAAUCUCCUUUCAUUUAUCCUCCUUGUUCCCUCAUGUUCGCUUACUUUCAAUAUUGGAAAGCGAAACAACGUACUACGAAUAAGGAAAAAAGGACGCUUUUCAACAGGAAAGCUUUACACCAGCUUUUACGAUCUCUUCGUGUGGACGUGGACAUCGAAGCGUUGGAGGCAAAAAAGCACAAAGAUUUGGACGAAGCUAUAGCCAUCACCGAUGUGGAUCCACGUUACUUUUCGGAAUUGGAUGCCAGGCUGGUGAGAGAAAAGUUCUCCGUACGCAAGUAUGUGGAGGAUUGUCGUGAAAUUUUAAAGUGUCGGCUGUUGGCUGGCCAGCAAAUGGACGAUUGCAUUCGUAUAGAUCAACAAUUCGUCGAGGAGCAAAAAAGACUCGAUAAGAUCAAGCGACGAUAUCGUCGAUACAUAAGCGGUUUCGAGGAAUUUCUCUCGAAGGACCACGAGGAGAGUAUGAACAGUCUACUACUCGCUGAAAACGAGUCGAAGAAAACUAGAGAGAUGACGGAUCACAGGAAUAAGCUUUCUGUCGAAUACGGCCGGGUUAGAUUGGAAGUAUAUCACUGGGAAGAGAGCUGGAGAAUGAUGAAGAUGUGUCAACGAUUCCUCUAUCAGGUAGCUCCGAUUUCAUGGCGCACAGAGCACGAUUGGAUCCAUCGCACUGAUUCCGGAGAGAGCAUCACUUACGACCAUGCCGAGGAUUUAUUCGGACGAUACAGAAUGCUGGGUGACGUUGCUUCCCUCGACGCCCUUAUAGGUGAUCGUAUCAAAUAUCUAUCUUUUAUCUCUCCUUCAUUCAAUUCGACCUGUGGAAAAAUUUUAUGUUAGAGCUCGCUUACACAC